GUGUGGCAACCAGAGAAGAAAACCAUUGACGCAAAUUGCAGCAGGUGAAGGAGGUUUGUUGCUCACCAUGGUGGGAAAGCCAUCUGACCUGGAAAAUAAGUUCAAACAUUUUGUAUUUUGCUUCAAAAGUUACAAAAGCUGAUGUGAGUCAGCCUGGAGCCAGCAGUCUGCCAGAAGUUAAGGACCGACUCUUUGACCUCCCUCCCCCCUCUCCGUUCUCCUGUCCGAACGUGCGGGCCGAUCCCCCCACCCCUGGCUCAUCAACAUGACAAAGCACUGGCCGGAGCAGGGCCUCUUGGCACUACCCUCUCUGCCCCACCUUGGAGAACAUCACGACCAUCAACUUGACUUCCACAGUAAUGCGCAGCAGAGUAUUCCUCCCCGUGGUGUAGCGCGGAGCACUCCAGCCCAACAUUGGCCUCACCACCCGGCUCAGAUGGUUCCCCAACAGUCUUCGCGUUUGGAGAAGCCCGCAGCGCGCACGGAACACCUCACCAGUGCCACGACAUUCAUGGAUAAAUCCGUGCCACCGGGUGCAUCAUACCCGAAUCCUCAAGAAGACCCAUUUAAACAGGAAACUAUUAACCCGGACUCAUGGAACAGUGAACGAGAGAAGAGCACCGGCGGUGGGAAGAAAAAGAACUAUCAGCGGUAUCCAAAACCACCGUACUCGUACCUCGCUAUGAUUGCUAUGGUCAUCCAAAGGUCCCCAGAAAAGAAACUGACGUUAUCUGAGAUCCUCAAGGAGAUCAGCACUCUCUUCCCAUUCUUCAAAGGCAACUACAAGGGCUGGCGGGAUUCUGUGCGACAUAAUCUCUCCUCUUAUGACUGCUUUGUGAAGGUGCUAAAGGACCCAGGCAAGCCUCAGGGCAAAGGCAACUUCUGGGCAGUGGAGUUGAGUCGUGUUCCCCUGGAGCUCCUCAAAAGGCAGAACACGGCCGUGUCGCGCCAGGAUGAAACAAUCUUUGCCCAAGAUUUGGCCCCCUACAUCUUGCAGGGUCACAAGCCAGAAUCGGAGCCACCACCUGCCCCUGUCACCCUCCUCCCUCCUAUGCACUCCAGAAACCCCUCACCACCCCAGGAGGAUUUGUUCCGACCCAAGCUCGACUCAUCCUUCGCCAUAGACUCUCUGCUGCACAGCCUGCGGCCACCUAGUGCAUCUGGGGAUGUGGAUGUGUCUACCAGGGACUGCUGGGGCAAGGUGGAACGCCCUCGGUCUUCACCUCCUCCACGACCCCGCUAUGCCUCUUCCGCUCGCAGUGCUUCUGCCAGCUCUGCCAGCCCAGCCUCCACCUCGUCCUCCUCCUCCGAUGAAGAGUGGAAAGGGAUGUCUCUGUCUGGGAAGCGUGUUCCUCCUGAUGGUGAAGGUGGAUCAGAUGGUUAUUAUGAGGACUACAGACCGCCACUGCACAAGUCAGCCAGACGGGAGACUGUUGCACCUCCAUGGGAGCUCCCUACCUCCUACGCCAAAUACGCUCCCCCUAAUGCUGUUGCCCCACCCAGCAUGCGGUUCAACGGAAGUCCUCUAAUGCCACUGCAUGGUGGGCUUCCCUUUUACAGCUAUAGUAGCUCCCCUGUGGCACCUGGUCACUUCUUAGGUCAUGCCUAUUGGCCUAUCCUCCCCAGUGGACGAGUUUCUGUCCAAGCCCCUCCACUCAUCAUGGACCUGGACAACAUGUUGCAAUCUGUUCCUCCCAAUAAAAGUGUAUUUGAUGUGUUAGUGCCAACCAGUCAGAACUCUCACACACAUCAUCAACCACCCAGUCAGUACACCCUGCAGAAUGGGCCUCCGCUAAACAGGUACCCUCAGUACUGACUGACUCUGAAAUACUGACUCCUUUUACUCAUACUGAGCCUCAGAAAUGCACAAAUACUAAACCACUAUGAUCCAUGGCAGGAGCAUCAAGAUCCACAAAGGAGAUACAUUUCUGCUGCAAAUUCUUCUAAACUGAGUCAGCUCGUGGAAAGUUGAAUGUUUAAUUAUGUAAAAGUGCUGCUGAACUACAGACAAUGUAACUGAUGCAUUCAUGUUUUUAGCAAGAUAAGUCAGUGUUUUCUUUUUUAUGGUUUCUUUAUCUGUUUGUUUCUCCUGUGUGGAGUAUUACAUGUUUUCACUGAAGAAAAUGUACCUCAAACAGCUAUACAACUAAACAAGUACCUACCUCAGUCUUUCAAUGAAAUAGAUCGACAGGCUCUUUGCACUGCCAGUCGUGUUUGCACUGUUUUUUUUUUUGUCUACCUAUUGUGACUCCUGAAUGUAUUGUUGGAUUUAAUCUUUAUUUUUAUUUUUUUACAGUUUUAGUUCGUCUUUGUCUGUGUUCACAGGCCAAUGUAUACACACAUUUGUGUUGUUUGUUCGGAUGAUGAAAUAUAGAGGACAAAUCGCUUCCCAUAAUGUUUCUCCUUUCCCUCCUUCACUCUUAAAUUUAAGUCUGGACUGUCUGCAUUGGUCCUAUGCAGCUACAAUAGCAUGUUAACCUGAUAAAUAGUGGUAGUUUACUGAUGAUUUCUGUGAUGGCGUUUUGAGGAUUUCACAUUACAAAACCAAUUUUUAGCUGAGAAAACAGACUACAUUUGAUGUGUUCUCGGGACACUAGAGACAAUCAAACACUAUACAACCACCAGUAUAUAACUCAGGUUUUUUAUGAUUUCCUGUGGACUUUGCACUGCCGGUUAUUUGCACUAUUUUGAUGUCAUGAUCUUCUUCCAAAGCAAAUUGCUUAUAAAUGUCUGCCCACCUUGACGCGUGAAUGUUUUGUUAGUUCUUUUUUUUUUGCCAUUUUCCUGUGGUCUCAUUUAAAGGUUUGUACAGUACUGAGCUGAAGUGAAAGCAGCUCAGAAGUUUGAGUAUCAAAAGAAGGUUAUGGGAGUUCAACAGGUUAUGUAAUAAAAUGCUGUUUAUUUUAACUCUA